GUACAAAAUCAUACGACAGUGGCUCCGCCAAAUGUUUAAUUUUACGAGCCGUUGUUCAUUAUUGAUUAUUUGCCCAUAUUUUUCUUGGAUCAAGAUAUCAAACAAAAAAUAAAAUUGUGCAUUAAACUAAUCAACAAUUUUUUAAUACAUAUGACUUGUCUGUCAUGUCCGCAUUUCGUAUCAUAAAGGGAACACCUAAAACAAAGGAAAAAGAACAAGAAAAGAAAAGAGCAACCUAUUUUUGGUCUAGUGACGAAGUUUGCAAAUGGCUGAAAAAUCACGCUCCUGAAUACCAUGGUCUAUAUAGCGAAAAAUUUACUGAAAAUGAUAUAAGUGGUCGCUGCUUAUUGAAUUUAAACGAUUGGAAAUUGAAUGCAAUUGGUGUUAAAGAUAAUGCUCAUAGAGAAGAUUUAAUGCGUCAUAUUCUAAGAUUAAAAUUGAAAACAGAAUUAUCAGAACUGUCUACCUUGGAUAAAGCAUUGGCAAAUAAUCCUGAUUUCAAAAAUAGUUAACACAAACAUAAAAUUGAAUUAGUUCAAUGAUUUGUUUCUAAAAUUAACUAUAUAUAUAUACAGUAUAUAGUAAAGAAAAAGAGCCUAACAGAGUUCAAGGAGUUAGGUGGGGGUGGAUAAAGGAAAAAGCUAGCAAAAAAAAAGAGUAUUCAAUCUACUGUAUACUCUUCUUUAUAAGUGUUUUAUAUACUAUUUGCAAUACAUUAUUUGUAUAAAUACUGUACAGUUGUUAUUUAAAUUUUUCAAUUAUGAAUACAUUAUUUUAAUA